AUGCCGAGAAGGGUUUUUUGCAAGUACUUUGCACGUGGAACAUGCUUGAAGGGAGAGAGUUGCAAUUUUUCACAUGACUGGAGGCAUCAACCUAACAAAGUAUGUACCUUUUAUCAAAAGGGGCUCUGCAACUAUGGCCCUAGUUGUAGAUAUAACCAUGUCAUAGUUUCUGGACAUGAAACUUCUGUAGCAGUAUCCUCAGAAUCUUGCUCUCAAAUAGAAUCAAGUUCUUCUCAAGAUGCUUUUCCAUCAAGAGAUUUAAGGAAUCGAGACACCAGUCAAGCUUUUACUAUUCCAACUGUUUUGGCAACUUCGAGCCAAUCUCAUACACCUCACGAAGGUGCGCAAAACCAGGCGAUUAGUUCUAAUGUGGAUAUCCAUGUUUCUGCUCAUAGCAGGCCAUCUGAUCUACCACUCUGUUCCUUUAACCAUGUUGGUAGUUGUCCUCAUGGUGAAAAUUGUCAUCGUAUUCAUGGAGAGUUGUGUUCUAUUUGUGGUAAACAUUGCUUGCAUCCAUUUCGACAAGAAGAAAGAGACAAACACAUAGAGUCUUGCCAGAGAAACAAGGAGGUUCUUGAAACUUUGAAGUACAGUAAGGAAAUAGAAUGCAGUAUUUGCUUAGAACGGGUACUCUCUAAACCCACAAUUACUCAGCGGAAGUUUGGAAUAUUACCAGAGUGUGACCAUCCAUUCUGCAUUGAAUGCAUUCGGAAUUGGCGUAGUAACUCUCCGUCUUCUGGCAUUGAUUUGAAUACUGCAUUAAGAGCCUGCCCUGUUUGCAGGCAGCAUUCAUAUUUUGUCAUUCCCAGCACAACAUGGUUCUCCACAAGUGAAGAAAAACAAGAGAUUAUUGAUAACUACAAAAGGAAACUCAAGUCAAUUGACUGCAAAUAUUUUGAUUUUGGAAAUGGAACUUGCCCCUUUGGAGCUAUCUGCUUCUACAAGCAUACUAUUCGACCAAAUGCAAGUAGGCGGAAUCCUGAUAGAUCUAACAGAGAUAGGCCUCGUCCAUACAGGUCUAGACAACUAGUGGAGGAAGUGGACCGACUUGUCGCAAACUAUGAGUUAGCUAACCUUGCUUCCAUGUUAGAUCUUGAUGAGGAAUUGGAGGAUCUAGCUAAUGAUGAUGAUCUUGGCGAUUUAUUAGCAAUGAGUUUCUUUCUUAUGCACAUGGAUGAAGAAGGAACAAGUGAUGAAGAUAUUUAG